GCCAGCUUCAAUUCACCGCUGUAUAGCUGCCGACCGCGACCUGCUUUCACGACAACCGAUUACUUCUCUAGUCCAGCAUCCGCAUUCCCGACCGCCAACCCGUACCACCACGAUCGGAUAAACGCCCCUGCUGCGAGGUCGCUGCUGUACCUCUGGCCCCGGCCUUUAUAUACCAACCGCCCUUACUCCCCUCGAUUUCCUCCUAUCCUCCGUCAGCUGCCCGAGGCAGCCCGACAUCACCGAAAUGGCUGAUCAAGCACCACAAAUUCCUCACGGGAUCGACCCAAACGCCCAACAUAUCCCCUCUGCAAUGCCUAUUCCUCUUCCUCUUUCCAACUCAGGCCCCACUGUUCCUCUACUCCGUCCUGCCAUCCCCGGUGCCCGAAGUGGUGGAGCGCGAACACCCAGACUCGGCCUUGCUAUCCCCCCAUCUCCAAAUGCCAAGGCUGUUGGCAACCAGGGCGCGCCAGCUAUGGCCCCUUCAAGGCCGCCGCUACCCACACUGCAUCUAGCGACUCCGAUGGGAAGUCAAGUCGCUCCUUACGAACAGCCUCCCCGAUUACAAUGCACAACUCAGCCCGGUCACUCAGCAAGUGGAGGAAGCGAGAGCAGUGCUGCACACUCGAGGUCUGGUAGUUUUGGUCCUUUGGAUGGCAGAGCAAGCAACCCCACUUCCGCCGGCUCACAAUACUCGGCACUAUCAUUUGCAUCCCAGUACGGUAUUGGCGUGUCAAGAGCUCAGGGCACACCAGACCCUGUAUCAGCAGUUGGAUCCAUGUACUCGGAGAGGAGCGAAGGUGGCGUUUCCAUGGAGAGAGACGGCAGUCUGCAAGGACUUGAGGCCUUCGACAAGCUAAGCCUUGAAAAGGCAAGGACCCUCGACGUCGACGAGUUAGACGAGGAGGGUUGGAGAAUCGCCAGCAUGGAGAAGCGGAUCGUUGAGAUGGGCAACCUAGGUGAGGGGGCUGGAGGCGCCGUGACCAAGGCCAAGCUCAAGGGCGGUUCCACCGUGUUUGCUUUGAAGAUUAUCACUACCAACCCCGACCCCGAUGUCAAGAAGCAGAUUCUUCGAGAAUUGGGCUUCAACAAAGAGUGUGCCUCGGACCACAUCUGCCGGUAUUAUGGUGCCUUCGUGGAUCCUGCCACUGCCACCAUCUCUAUCGCCAUGGAGUUCUGUGAGGGUGGUUCGCUAGACAGCAUCUACAAGGAAGUCAAGCGACUGGGUGGACGAACAGGCGAAAAGGUUUUGGGUAAGAUUGCCGAAGGUGUCUUGGGUGGUCUUACGUAUCUUCACACCCGACGAAUCAUUCACCGAGACAUCAAGCCAUCCAACAUUCUCCUAUGUCGAGACGGCGCUGUCAAGCUCUGCGAUUUUGGCGUUUCCGGUGACUUCGGAACCAAGGGCGAGGCCAACACCUUCAUCGGAACCAGCUACUACAUGGCUCCUGAGCGAAUCACGGGUCAAUCUUACACCAUUACCUCCGACGUGUGGUCGACUGGAGUCACCCUCCUUGAGGUCGCACAGCAUCGCUUCCCCUUCCCGGCCGAUGGUACGGAGAUGCAGCCCCGAGCUGGUCUCAUCGACCUGCUCACCUAUAUUGUGCGACAAAACGUUCCCAAGUUGAAGGAUGAGCCCGAUAUGGAUGUGUACUGGAGUGAUAACUUCAAAUACUUUAUCGAGUGCUGUUUGGAAAAACAGCCUCAGCGCCGGGCAAGCCCGUGGAAGAUGAUGGAGCAUCCCUGGAUGGUAGAGAUGCGCUCCAAGCGUGUCAACAUGGUCAAGUACCUCUCCUUUGUGUGGGGUUGGGAAGAUACACCCCAGACCUCGUAAACAGACACAAGGCACUCAAAAUUAGGAGCACAAGGAUGAUUUGAGCAACGAUGUACCUCACGUUACAUGCGAGGGAAUACUACACCUCACGCCCAUGCAUCUCCUGCCCAUGACGACGUGAAAAGGCUGGGCCUGGGUCAUGAGGAAACCAUCGGAGAUUGCGAAUCUACGGACAUGGUGUGGACGAUAUUUUCAGAUCCAUGACAGGGAAAUGCACUCGCGGCCCCAUGGAUGCGGCGACGGCGGCGAAGAUGAUAGCGGGAGACGAUGUCACGCAAGAGUUGGGCCGGGUUGGAACUGCAAGAUUGCUGUGUUGGAAACAGGAUGCCUUGAGGAGGGCAGAAAAUAUCCUCUCAUCUAGCGAACGCUC